GUGUGUGUGUGUGAGAGAAAGGGGGGCAGAAAAUACUGUCAAUUUUUGGUCCUCACUCCCGCGUCGCCAGUUUGGAGGACCUACAAAACUGGAUUAUCCCGCCGUCGCUCGCUGGAGAUUGUAGCCAGCUGGCUAACUGCUGCCUUAAUUAGUGUCGGCUAGCUCCAUAUUCUAUGUAUGCACGUUCCUGCUCGUAAAGGUUCCGCACAGCGCGCCUUUAUUCCACAGCGGUGCGGUGUCUAGGUGCUCCACGGCCGUUGUUCGAACAUAACAACAUGGGGAGGAAGUCAAACCGAGCGAAAGAGAAGAAGCAGAGGCGUCUGGAGGAGAGGGCAGCCAUGGAUGCCGUGUGCGCCAAGGUUGACGCUGCCAACAAGCUCGAAGAUCCACUGGAUGCAUUUCCUGUGUUCAAGAAGUAUGACAGAAAUGGGUUGAAUCUACAAAUAGAAUGCAAGCGUGUUUCCGCUCUGAGCUCCAGUACUGUGGAGUGGGCUUAUGAGCUAACCCGCGCCAACAUGCAGAGCCUUUAUGAGCAGAGCGAAUGGGGGUGGAAGGAGAGGGAGAAGAAGGAGGAAAUGAAGGAUGAGAGGGCAUGGUACCUUGUGGCACAAGAUGCAGAUACCACCCCGGUGGCCUUUUCUCACUUCCGGUUUGACGUGGAGUGCGGUGAGGAGGUCCUUUACUGUUAUGAGGUGCAGUUAGAAACACGAGUGAGAAGAAAAGGUCUUGGAAAGUUCCUGAUCCAGAUACUACAGCUCAUUGCCAACAGCACACAGAUGAGAAAGGUGAUGCUGACUGUUUUUAAACACAAUCAUGGAGCUUACCAGUUCUUCAGAGAAGCAUUGCAGUUUGAGAUUGAUGAAACAUCACCCAGCAUGUCAGGUUGCUGCGGGGAUGACUGCUCCUAUGAAAUCCUGAGCCGGCGGACAAAAUUUGGGGAGGCAGCAGGUCAUGGGCACAGUGGGGGACACUGUGGUGGGUGCUGUCACUGAGGGAGGGUACCUGAUUUCUUCAAGGAGGUAGAUGAUCCAACCCUAGAAAAAAAGUGGGGAAACUUUCUUUUUAAAGAAAUGCAUCUGCAGACAUUUAUGUUAAAUUCAUUGCCUUGCCAUUCCUGGUACUUCAACCUGAGUGUUUAUGGACAUCACACAGCAGCAGUGGUUUUUUUUUUUUUUUUUUUUUCCUCCCCCCCCCCCCCAAAGAAGAGGUCUCUUGAUAUUUGGGGACAUAUCAGAGCUUAGCAGUAACAUAUAUUCAGAACAAACAAAACGAGUCAUUGCCUCAGUUUUUCAGCUGGAGCGUUAUUCUUGUACAUAAGACUGAAAGAAUUUUAAGUCCUGGAAUUUUUUUUAAUGCAUUUUGCAAACACAGGACCACUGUCAUUUUUACUGCUUGUAGCUGGUACUAAACACAGUAAACAAGUUUUCAGCAAAGGGAACUUAUUGCUGUUCCUGUUUUUACAAUCAGAUCAAACCUUGUAACACUUGAGAGAAGACGAUUACUGGAAAGGACAGCCGUAAAGCUACGUGAGAAGUGUAUGACUAUUCUGUGUUCUUACUUUGCCUUUUUUGCUACUCUAAAUAUUUAAUCUCUCAGGUUACAAAAAUAGAACAUGUCUUUUUCAAAGUAGAUAUUCUGGAUGAGUGGUGAUUUGGGGUUGGAUAGACAUUGUGUUGGAGUUGUACUGGAGGGUGUCACGGGGUUGGUAAGUGUGUGUUUGAUUGGUUAAAAAGCUCUUUGUAUUUCUCCCCCUUUUUUUUUUUUUUUUGGUCAAAUGGUGAUGUUGCUAUGUGGUGAUGCACCCCCCUCCCCAUCAUCUUUUUAUACCUCCCUUCUAUACUUUUUGGUCACAGAUCUGAAAUGCCUUUGUAUGCAAAAUACUUAACCUUUUGAAGUGAGACAUUUAAGGAACAAAUAUUCCAGUCUUGUGCUUUUUAGUUUCAUGUAAAAUGAAAGGGUAACCUCUCUGCCUUGUUAGUGUUUUUAUUUGUAUGU